AACCCGGCCCCGCGCCCACCCACCCCUUUUGCUCCCCUGCGCCCUUGCAGCGGUGCAAGCGGGGUAGAAGCGAGAUUUCGGGUUGCAGUCAGAUCGGCGCAUUGCAGGCGGAGCUGCGCGGGAUCCAGAAGGAGGCUUUGCGCGGGGGGGGGCAUGCAAAGAGCGCUGCUCACCGGCCGCUCUGUUUGGAGUCGCUUUGCCAGGAUGAGCAGCGUCCCGGCCGGCCGCUCCCUGGCCGAGAAAGUGGCCCUGGUGACGGCCUCCACCGAAGGAAUCGGCUUAGCCAUCGCACGCCGGCUGGCACAAGAUGGGGCACACGUACUAGUGAGUAGCCGGAAGCAAGCCAAAGUGGACCAGACAGUGUCCGAAUUGCAGGCCGAGAAUCUCAGCGUGUCGGGGUUGGUGUGCCACGUGGGAAAGUCAGAAGACAGACAGCAUCUAGUGGAUGUGGCCAUGGAGCGCUACGGAGGAAUUGAUAUUUUGGUCUGCAAUGCGGCCGUGAACCCAUUUUUCGGAAAUAUGUUGGACGCCUCGGAGGAAGUCUGGGACAAGAUAUUGGAUAUCAACGUAAAGGCAACAGCAUUGCUAAUCAACCUGGUGGCUCCUCAUAUGCAGAAAAGGGGAAACGGCUCCAUCGUUAUCGUGUCAUCCGUUGCUGGAUAUAUGCCAUUUCCAAACAUUGGGCCUUACAACGUCAGCAAGACAGCCCUCUUGGGCUUGACACGCAACCUGGCCAUCGAACUGGCCCCUCACAUCCGUGUCAACUGUGUGGCGCCUGGUCUGAUCCGCACAAAAUUUAGCGCGCCUUUUUGGCAGGACGAAAACAUGGAAAACAGAGCACUGGAAGUAAUGCGGAUAUGGAGGCUCGGAGAACCAUCAGACUGUUCGGGCAUUGUCUCUUUCCUAUGCUCUGCCGAAGCCAGCUACAUCACUGGGGAGACGGUGGCGGUGGCUGGUGGCAUGCUGUCCCAUCUGUGACCAGAGUUCGUGUCGCCUUCCGAUUCAGCUAUGACGAUGGAUAGAUAAUCGCACAAGGGGAUCUCAGAAAUAAGAUUAGGGGGUGAUGGGGGGUGAUGGGGAGGGGUAUCCCAGCAGCUCCCAGCUGGGUUGGAGGUUGAAUCAACUUCAAGAAAGGCAGGUGAACUUUCUUGAGAAGAAGGGAUGGCCAACAAAAAAUGGACCUCCUGCUAACCAAGUUUGAGUUUGGGUCAACUUCAAUAGAGAGGGAGGUCAACUUUCUUGAGAAGAAAAGUGAUGGCCACCCCCCAAAAAUGAACCUCCUGCUAACCAGGUUUGGGAUGUAUGUGUCUUCUGUUGGGUUUUAGGUGGAAAACACGAGGAGGCUGUUGCACACGGCUGAGGUGGAAGGAUUCAUUUGCGGAAUCCUUCAACCUCGGGAGAGCCCACCCACCCCCGCACAAGCUUUCUCCGAGCUGUGUUGAGCGAAAGAUGGCUAGGUUGAUCCUGGCUUGUUUUAACUUCGUACCUCUCGGAGGUUGGAGACGGGGAGAUUGAGGGAGAUGGGGGAGGCUUCCCUAAUGCUUUUUGGGAAAUUAGGGGAGAGUCUUUCCAGGAGAAGGUCUUCAGUGGUGGGGGGGACGGGAACCAGCUUGGGUCGGCUCCAAGAUUGGGGGAACAGCCCAAAUCUGGGGGUGCAAAUACUGCUUGGUGCUCAUUCCCGCCCUGCCUCAGCCAGUGCCUUGUGUGUAAUAAUAAAAAUAAAGACAUAUUUGGAAUUGCA